CGCGCAUUGCUUCACCGGAGAGCGUGCUAUACACAUCACGCUUGAUAGACUAUAUAAUGCUAUACUGGCAUCUAAAGGGCCAAUCGCUCCCUGGCCGACUUCAUAGACUUGCAAGUAGGGCGUACCAUCCGUCUGUUAUACCUUCAAAGGUCGUGCCUUUGUCCGAAGAGUUCAUGUCUAAGUCUGCGGCCAUGGACGCUCUCGUGACAGAAUUAGAUCAUAUCACAUCCCAGGUGAGGCUGGGAGGCGGCAAAAAGGCGAUGGAACGUAUGAGGGCCAAGGGCAAGUUGUUACCUCGAGAACGAAUUGCUACUCUCUUGGACCGAAAUACCCCAUUCAUGGAACUGUCUUCCAUCGCAGCCCAUGAGGUGUACCCCGGCGAAUCCAUACCAGGCGCUGGUAUUAUAACUGGCAUAGGUAGUGUCUCCGGCAAGGAAUGCAUGAUCAUCUGCAACGACUCGACCGUCAAGGGUGGGAGCUACUAUCCUCUAACAAUCAAGAAACAUCUACGAGCACAGGAAAUUGCCCGAGAGAACUUGCUGCCUUGCGUCUAUCUUGUCGAGUCUGGAGGGGCAGCAUUGCCGUACCAAGCGGAGGUAUUUCCUGAUGUGAACCAUUUUGGGCGAGGGUUCUAUAAUAUGGCUCAAAUGUCCGCCCUUGGGAUACCACAAAUAUCUGUUGUUCAUGGCAUCUCCGUUGCGGGCGGUGCAUAUACGCCAGCCAUGUCGGACUAUGUUAUUAUCGUGCGCAAUCAAGGGCAUAUCUUCCUGGCCGGGCCACCACUCGUGAAGGCUGCUACCGGAGAAGUUGUCGAUGAAGAGUUUCUGGGAGGUGGCGAGAUGCAUGCGAGCGUGAGCGGGGUUGUGGAUGCUUUAGCAAGAGAUGAUGAGGACGGUAUCACCUUGGCUCGCACAGCAGUUGGUGACCUAGGAAGUGCAGCAGGGUUAACAGCAGAGCCUGAUCAGGCCCCAGAAGCACCUCUUUAUUCUGUUGAAGAACUACAUGGAAUUGUCGGCGAUGAUGUUCGCCAGGCGAUUGAUAUGAAGGAGGUCAUCGCCCGUAUUGUGGACGGGAGCCGGUUCCGAGAAUUCAAGGCAGAAUAUGGAACAACACUUCUCACUGGAUUUGCCCACAUACAUGGUUAUCAUUGUGGCAUUGUCGCUAACAACGGAGUUCUAUUCUCUCCGUCUGCACUGAAGGCCACCCACUUCAUCCAAUUGUGCAGUCAAAGGAAAAUACCUUUGGUGUUCCUUGUCAACGUGACUGGUUAUAUGGUUGGGAGCAAGGCGGAACGCGGCGGCAUCGCAAAAGAUGGGGCGAAGAUGGUUCGCGCCGUGAGUUGUGCUGACGUUCCCAAAUUGACAAUGGUGAUUGGUGGGAGUUUCGGAGCCGGGAAUUAUGGGAUGUGUGGGCGGGCUUAUUCGCCUCGUUUCUUGUGGAUGUGGCCGAACGCUAAAAUUUUGGUGAUGGGAUCGGGGCAGCUUUCCCAAGUAAUGGCGGGAAUAUCAAAAGAUCCUAGCCAGCAUUCUGAGCUGCAGUCAAGGAUAGAGGCGCAGUCAACAGCUUUAUAUGCGAGCGCGCGGCUAUGGGAUGACGGCAUUAUCAAGCCAACUGAUUCUCGCGAUGUGCUAGGCCUCGGUCUGAGUCUGGCAAAACGAGAAAGCAUGAUUGGGCGACUUUCUGGUGGUUCACGGUUACGACCAAGUUGGGACGGACACGACGCCGGAUUUGGUGUAUUUCGCAUGUGAGAAGGGGAAUUCUAAACCUCACGCAAUGUAUAUUAG